GUGGCGUUUGAAAAUCGUCGUAGUGAGGGAGCAAAUCGUCUGAAAAUACGGGUCUUGCAUUUUCAUUUAAACUACUGUAUCGAACUUUAGAGAAAGACAUAUAUUUCUAACCCAUAUGAGAACAUAUGGGAAGCUUUUUCAGUUGAUUUAUUAGUCGUUUAGUCAUUUCCUCGUCGUUUUUUCGCCAAAUACACGUGUUAGCCAUGAAAAGGAGAGACCAAGACAUGUUCUCUCUGGCAAAUGGUAAACACAAACAGAGCGCGCAAAGGAGCUUUUACCUAACCUGUGAUAUAUGAGUGUUUCCAGCGCCCAAACGUCUCCCACAACCUGAACCAGUUACUUGUUGACUUUAGAGUGCAGCAGUAUGUCAGCCUCCUUCAGCAUGGACAUAUAGAUACAUGGAGCUUUUCCUGCAAGGCAUGAUGGCACAGCAGCACCUUCCCCUUGAGGCCAUGGAGGUGGAGUAUGACUCUGAUGAUACAGAGGUCAUCGACAUCACUCUGGAAGGGAAUGAGGAUGAUGAAGGGGAGGAGGAGGAAGAAGGCAGCAUAACUCCGAGUAUUUAUGAACUAGAUAUUGAGGACGUAACGAGCCCUCAGCUUGGAAGAAGAAGAAGAACAACAGCAGCAGUGGCAGCAGCAACAGUGGCAGCAACAACAGCAGCAUCAGUACAUCAGCCAGGAAAUAGUGAAGGGGAGGAAGCAGAUGAGGAAGGCAGCAGAAGUCCCAUCAUUCAGGAACUGAGUUUUGAAGAUGUUAGGAUCCCACAGUUUGGAAGAAGAACACCACCACCAGUGGAAGCAGCAGUGCAGCAGCAGGACUCCAGGGAGGGAAGUCAAAUGGAAAACACAGGGAACCCUGAAAUCAGAAGACCAGCAACAGUGCAAGAUGCAGAUCUGGAAGAGGAGCAACAGGAGAUUCAAGGGCUACAAGGACUGCACUCAGAAGCAGCAGCAGCAGAGGAACCACCACAGCCUGAGGAGCCACAGCAUGCAUCGUCCUCCUCUCAAGGGCUUCACAGUCCACACCCCUCACCUGCCCCUCCUCCCUCUGUGCCACCAGAUAAUUCUUGUACCCAGCAGCAAACCACACCACCACUCUCCAGCCAGAGCCAAGAAGCAAGGAUUUCUGUUAGCCUUCCUGAAGGUGCUGGCCCUUCUGUUGAAGCUAGUGUUUCCAAUCCAGCUGAAAUGCUCAUCCCCCCUGCAGUGGCUGGACCCAGUACCUCAGUUGUCCCCUUAAGCAGUACACCUAAGAAACAGUCUGCAGAUGCAGCCCCAGCUCCACCCUCUCCAGAAAGUGAAGAUGAAGGACAGACCUGCCCCAUCUGUUUUGAUCCAUGGACCAACAAGGGCGAUCAUCGCCUCUCCUCCCUCAAGUGUGGCCAUCUGUUUGGCUAUGAAUGCAUCUCCAAGUGGCUUCAAGGAAGUACCAAAAGAAACAGGGGAAAAUGCCCCCAGUGUAAUGCCAAGGUUACCAAGAAGGACAUCCGGAUCAUCUAUGCCAAGAACAUAAAGGUGCUGGACACAACUGAGAAGGAGAUGAUCAUGAAGGAGUUGGAAAAAGAGCGAGAGGAGAAGCGAAGGUUGGAAGUUGAACAUGCUCAGACCAAGCUAAAGUACGAACUGAAAAGCCAGCUAGUGGUGAAGCUGCAGGAGGAAUUGAAGAUGCUGAAGGCAUCAGCCUUGGGAACAGGUCAUUUAGGGGUGUCAUCUUCCAAGGCAGGAGAGUCCAGCAGUCUCAAGAAGAGGUUGGUGUUCAGGGAGUGGCUGGACGUGUGUCGGGAAGGUGGCUGUCGUGUGAUGGCCCACAAUGAAUGGCUGAGCAUGCUGGUGGUGUCCAUGCCCAGCCAGGUGGGCAUGUUUCCUGGGUAUGGUGUUAAGAAGAUCAACCUGCUGGACUUACGGGUAGACCGCUACGUGCCGCUACAUCAGAAGCAGAUCCGGGACCUGGCAUUCAACCCAGCCAAGCACGACCUGCUCCUCUCGGUGGGAAUGGAUCGAAUGGUCAAGAUCACCAACAUCUGUUCCAAUGCACCUGUGGCACAUUUCAUUGCCUCAGCUCCCCUGUGGUGCUGCUCCUGGAGUACCACCGAGAUCACUGUGUUCUAUGUGGGUACUGCCUCUGGCCACCUACAGCAGUAUGACACCCGGGACACAUCAGGCCCUGUGGCCACCAUUGAGCUGCCUGGCUCAGGUCCGGCCGUCUCCAUGACAUAUAUCCACCCGGGGCCAGAGUCCUCCCUGACAUGGGGUGGUCUGUUGGUGGCCCGUUUACAGUCGUGCUUUUUUGUGGAGGCUGGGAUGCCAGGAGAGGCCAAGAGUCACCAGCUGCCCCUGGACGGCACCUUCACCUCAGUGUCAUGUGAGGGUGAUACCUGCCAUGUGCUAGUGUCCUGCCGUCCCUCACAGCGCUACCCACACGCCCGCCAUGCUGUGUGUCUUCUGCAGCAAGUGACAGCUUCUUUGGAGGAAGGUGGGGGACAGAGGCGGACAGUGACAACCCAGCCAGUACACACCUUCCAGGGGGGCACCACUCAGAAGGUGCUGACUCGCUCCAUACUGACACGCCCACCUUUCCCAGGCUACAGUCCGUUGGUGUGUGCUAGUGAUGAGUCCACUCAGAGCAUUUAUGUCUGGGAACUCAGCUCCAUGAACUGUCUGCAGCAACUGCGGUACUCAGACAUCGUGGUGGAUCUGCUGCAGGUGACCAUUGGGGAGACUCCCCACCUGGUGGCACUCACCGAGAAAGGUGUGAGGCUAUACCGCUGGGAUAACUAGUGUAGGCACGAUGGAGGGAGGGGGCCAGUACCAAAAUGGCUUGUGACCUCACUGGUGGAGAAGGUGGAUUUGCCACAUUACAUUAUCUUUGAUUUGAAUGUCAGCCUCUCCUUGCUCCCAGCCGUGUGUCAGUAGCACAGUUGGUGAUGGCUUAACUAUGGCCUGAAGAGAAACCUGGAUGUACCUUACUUGCUUCUUGAUAUCUUCACCAGGCUUGUGGCCACUUCUUUCAGGCCAACUGAUAACUUGGUCAUUCCUGUCAAGUCUUUCCAGGUCUUCAGUUUGGAUACAAUUGCUAGCUAGAAAUAGACAUAUAUAAUACAUAUAAUGUAACUAUUCAAACAAGGAAGGUCUGACUUUCAGAUUUUUUAAUUGAAAAGUGUGUUUUCAUUCUUUUACACUAUGUGUAGGAUCAACAUCCAGAAUUUUUAUUCUUUUUACCCUUUAGGAUGCAGAGCCCUUACUGGUCCAGGCACCGGGGCUUUGUGAGGCAGCCCCUCUAAAUAAAUCUGCUGCUGCUUGGAGUAUAGAAUGAUUAAUAAAGAUGAUAAUAAUAUUGAUUACAUUGAAGAUAUUUUAAGAGGAUGAUCAUCAUCUGUGUGAUGACAUCACUUGCAGGCCAGGGUUGCUUGAGGUCACCAAGUCACAAGAGUUUCCCAAAUUUAUUAGAAGCGAUUGCAGAGUAAAUUGUAUUUUUUUAAUGUAAACAUUACGGGAUGUGUAAAUAUGUACUUUUCUAUUGAAUUUUCAUAAAAAAUUAACCUGAGAA